GGUCAACGGAGACCAUCGGGAAAUAUAUAAGCUCAGGUUUGCAGUUUAGAAAUGCGGUUGUUCAACACGCUACAUAUGAGUGCUGCUUUUGGUAUUUAACUUCACAAUGGCAACUGUAUCCGAUGUCACGACGCUUCCGGCCGAACUCAAAUCCACCCUUGCCCUCGGCCGGGACCUUGAGAAGAAAGAAGUGGGUCUUGGGAACAGUGAGGCCAGUAGUAUUGCUGCGGCACAAGUAGACGAUGGUGAACUUCCGAUAUAUUCAGAAGAGCAGUAUAAAAAGUUGAAGCGCAAAGUUGACCGAUAUCUGCUUCCUCUGAUGUGGCUCUGCUACGGUAUUCAGCAAACAGACAAGACAUCUAUCGGCACGCAAGCAACCUUUGGUCUCCGCACAGACACCGGCCUCGUUGGACAGCAAUAUGCAUGGCUUACCACUGUUUUCUACAUUACUUAUUUGUGUUUCGAAUUCCCCUCAAAUAUCCUUUUACAACGCUACAAGAUGGGCCGCACCUUGUCUAUUUAUAUGAUCUGCUGGGGAAUUGUGGUGCUUUGCAUUGGCUUUGCUAAGAACUUUACUCAACUAGUCACCCUUCGCGCGCUCCAGGGAAUGUUCGAGUGCUGUAUUAGCCCCGGUUUCAUUCUUGUCGUUGGUAGUUGGUACACUACACGCGAGCAUGCGUCACGGGCGCUCGUGUUCCAGAGCGCCAAUGCUGGCUUCGGCAUUAUCUCCAGUUUAGUCCUUUACGGUAUCGGUACUGUUGAGUAUCGCGACCCUGAGUCUCAGGCAUGGCGCUAUAUGUCCUACUUCCUUGGUGGGCUCACACUGCUGGCCGGCUUCCUUUGCCUCUUUCUACUUGGAACACCGUCUGAGGUCCAUUGGUUAUCUCCGGAGGAGAAGAAGAUGGCCAAUACUCGCAUACUUAGCAACAAUACGGGACACGACCGAACUGGAGUCAAGAAGUGGAAUUGGAAACAAGCUAAGGAAUGCUUGGCCGAUCCCUGUUUUUGGUUUGCAGGGGCAAAUGCAUUUCUCAGUUCGGUCCCCAACGGCGGCUUGACCACAUUCGGGUCCAUUAUCAAUACUUCGUUCGGAUUUACUAAUCUUCAAGUCAUUCUUUUGGAUAUUCCACGUAGUGUUCUUUCGGUUCUAUACUUCAUAUUGAUUGGCAUUAUGACCAGUAGGAAAAAGAACCUGCGCAUGUGGUUUAUGAUGUUUUCUACAAUCCCCCCAUUCUGUGGCUUUCUGAUGAUGGCUCUGCUUCCGAAUGAGGCACACUACAAAUGGGUCAAGUGGGGAGGCUACUUCAUGACUGUUCCCUUCGUCAUCUCGCUUUUCUUGGCUUGGACACUCAUCCCCUCAAACACCGCCGGUCGUACAAAAAGAACGCUAACCUCGUCUUUCACUUUCGUGGGCUAUUGUGUGGGCAACAUGACUGGCAGUCAGAUCUUCAAGACCGAAGAUGCGCCAAGAUAUGUUUCGGGUACGACGGCAUGUGCAGUAUGUUUUGGUCUACAGUUCUUACUCAUCCUGAGUUGGCGCACGCUAUAUGUCAUUAGAAAUAGGCGUCGGGACCUACAGAUGCAGAACGACGGGAUUUCCAAGGAAGAGCAAGUCAAUCAGGGCAAGACUCUGGGAGAGCAGGACUACACGGAUUUCGAGAACCCUUAUUUCCGCUACACGUUGUGAUUGAUAAAACAGUGGUGUUCUAUGAUCUCAGGAGCCACCAAGUAUUCUAUAAAAUCUGCCGAACAAUAACACAUUUUCCACCAAAUACAGGCAGUUUCUAGCUUACGAUCAUCCAAAAUUAGCGCAGUCCAUGGCACUAUCGUAACAAGCACCGAAUAACACUGUGUAUAGCGCAGAAUAACGUUGAAACAGUUGAGGUCAUAAUGAGAUUGAUUCCAAAAAAUAAGGAUAGGCGUCUCUGGCCUAGUAGCAACUGCU